CGUGCAUGUCGCACUUGCGAGAAAGGAAAAAGGAAAAAGAGAAAUCCGUCGUCUCCAGGUCUCACCCGCCAGCAACGUCUUAAGGACACUGGUCGCCAUGGACGACGAUGACGACGCCUUUCUCUACGGAGACGAAUCAGCGCAGGCCGAGUCGACGACUGGAGGUCUGGAGAGCAGGACACAAGACGGCCGACACGGGGCGCAGCAGCGAGGUGAUGGGCAAGCAGACGAGGACGUAGACCAGGCCGCGGAAGGAGUUGCUGCCGAGGGUUACGGAUCCGGUCAAAGAGAGGGGGACAAAAGGGGCAGGGCCCCAGUAGAAGAAGACGGGAAUGGAGACCGGGAGGAAGAUGACGAAGACGCGGAGGAAGAAGACGACGACGGGGACAGCGACUCAGACCUCGAGAUCAUCCUCGACGGCAGUGUCGCGCCUCAGCCAUCCUCUGGGUAUAAUCAGAAACCGAUCGUCCCUCAGCAACAGCAGAAACCGAGCUCCGUCCAAAAGCCCCAUGCGACGUUGGCACCCGAAUAUAUGCCCUUUGUCAGACCCGGACAAAGUACAAUUGGAGGUGCUGCUGCAUCUCUCUCUUCCCAGAAGCCGGCUGUCAUCGACGCAGCGACGAACACAGUGGGCCCGAGACCUCUGCUGGAGACAGAUUUGAGAGCAAGGGGAGGGGGCGAGGGAGGGGAUCGCUUGGGUGAGGGCCCGCCUCCGACUGCACCCUCCACGGCGCCGAGACUGGACCUAGAUCCAGGAGAGCAAGCGCUGCACGUGGGAGCAGAAAGCGUCGAAGGCGAUGUUGGGCCGAGCAUCUACCACAUCGACCCCACCCAGCUCGACGAAAAACCUUGGCGAAGACCGGGCGCUGACCUUACCGACUGGUUCAACUACGGCUUUGAUGAGGACAGCUGGAGACUGUAUGGGGAGAAAAUGAUGAACCGCAAUCAAGACAGAAUCGCGCUUCUGGACACCAAGCGAGAGGCUAUGGACAAUAGCGGAGAAAGGGGUCUCCCAGGAAACGGCGAGCGCUCCAAUGGGUUGAGUCAUCCGUCGAUGGCAAAUCAGCUUGGACCGCAGCAGAUGCAAGUGAUGCAUGCCAUGAUGGGCGCAUCCGGACUUUCUGGCAUGUCGCCCGAGAUGAUGAUGCAAUUCAUGGGCAUCAAUCCGAACAGUAUGCCGUCUCUCCCGGGAUCAAACAUUGGUGGUAAUAACAACCACAACGGCAACAGCGGCAGCAAUAUUAACAACAACAAUGGUCCCAGUGGAGGAGGAGGUUUCGCUCUGGGAAUGCCCGGCAUGUUUGGUCCUCCGCACAACGUAUUCGGAGGGCCAUUUGGCGGAGGCAACAUGCAGAGGCCGCCUAACAACAUGCCGAACAGUUCUUUCCCUCAACAGCAGCACCUCUUAGGCCAGGAGUAUGGUCAAGGCCAGGGCGUGCGAGGAGGCGUAGCAAGCGCAAAUGGACAAGUAAAGGGUCCUGCAUCGGGCCAGUCGCCUCUGUGGCAAUCUUCUGCUUCCAAUAGUCCCAUGCCGUCCCACGGGGGUGUCAAGAAGGAAGAAGAUGGCGUCGACGAUAGUGGACAGGUUCAAGGUCAUGGUGAGGACUAUUCUGGCCCCACCUACGACGAUCAGAGAGAGAGAGAGAGCGGCCAGCAGCACGGAUCGGAUCCGAGCAUGCCAUUCAAUGAGCAAGAUCUCACGACGGCGUCGUAUGAAAUGGCUCAGAUGCGAUCUGGACCGAACAAUUGGACUGGUAGGGGCCGAGGCACAAACAUGGGCGUGACGGGGGCGCCCACUGGUCCAUCGUCAGGGGCCCGGUCCAUGCCUGGGUCGACUCGAGGGGGGCCGCCUCAUGUCAACCUGCCAAGCAAUGUACCCACCGGUCCUCGCAACCCGGCAAAGAGGUACAAUGAUCGAGACACUGGCGCUGGACACGCCGACAGUCUCGAUUACGGAGGUGGUCAUGGGGCCAGAGGAGGCGUGCCGGAGCUUGGCUACGACGACGAGGCGAGCGGCGAUAGGAGGCGAAGUAGUCGCAGCCCUCCUUACUUUUCUUCAUCGAGGAGGGCUAGGGACAGAGAAAGAGAGAAGGGGGAUGCUGAACAGGGAGAGAGAGAGGGCCACAGAGAACGAAGGAGGACAGACGACGAUGGCGACGAGUACGACGACACCAGUCGACACAGGAGACGGCGCGGAGGUGGACAUCUCGACGAAGAUCUCGAAGAUGGAGCGUCUUUGCCCACCGUUUCGAGGAGUGGAAGAAGGAGACGAGACGAGACGAGAAGCAGAAGCGUUUCUCUCGACUACGACGACGUAGCGUCGGGCCGAAGAAGGGGCACUGCGUCGUCGAGAAGGGAAAAACGCGACCAAUAUGACACUAUUGGUGAAGAACAGGAUGGAGAAGACGAUGGGGAUCAAGAUGACGACGACUUUGACGGGGAAAAGGAAAGUGAUAAUGGACGUGAACGGGUCAGGGAGCGGGAGCGUGGCAAAGACCGAAGCCAGCGGAGGGCUGAGCGACGGGCGGGCAAAGAUUCAGACACUGGAGCCUCUUCAUCAUCCACACGACCUUACCGGAAACGUGGCGCGCCCGACGACGACGUCACUCUCCCGAGAGAAUCUCGCCGACGAAAGUAGUUGGUAGUCUGUAAGACUUUUGAGGCCAGUGUUCAUGCUUUCGUCCCCCGGUUAAUACAUGUCUCUGGCUCGGGAAUAUGAAAUCUCUCUCAUGAUUCUGUCCAGACCAUGGGCGUAGGUGUACAUGCGUUGAAAGGGCUUUUAGUUGAGGCUUUCUCUUUUGAUAGAGAUU